GGGGGCGGGGCCGGCUGGCCGGGCGGCGGCGGCGGCGGCCCCCGCACCCAGCGCCAGCGCCCGCGCCGCGCCGUCGAGCCGCCAGUCCAGUCGUCCGCGCUCUCUAGUCGCGAACAGACGUGUGAUGAGGUGCUCCCCGUCACUCUGAAGACAUUCCGCACUGAGCUCAGUUCGGCACCCGCCGCCGCCACCGGCGCAGACAUGGACAGCAGGAGGGUCGUCCGCACCGUCACCUCCCGCAGAUAUGUCACGUCGCAAGGCGGAUCCACGGACCCGGAGCAGGAGGGCAGCUACGUGACCUCGAUGGUCACCGAGGGCGAGAUGGAGCCGCACACUUCAUCCACCUCCUACAGCUACUCCAGCCCGGAUGGAGGCGAGACCACUGUGUCGCGCCAGGUCCGCUCCUACACCUACUCGAGCUCGAGCAGCGGCGCGCCCGUCACUGAGAGCAGCUCGCGCUCGGUCCGUACCCACUCGUACCGGAUCGAGGCGGACGGCGCCGCGGGCCAGCUGCUAAACGUGGCCGGCGUCACCCACCCGGAGACGGGCGAGGCGCUCACUCUGGGUGAGGCCACGCGGCGGCGUCUGUUCGAGCCGCGCCGCGGCUGCUUCGUGCACCCGUCGACGGGCGCGCGCCACUCGGUCGACGAGGCGGUGGACGUCGGUCUGCUGGACACCUCUCUGCGCCAGCUCAUGCACCAGCGGUCGGGCGUGUUCGACGGCAGGUCGGACCGGCCGCUGACGCUGCUGGAGGCCAUGAUGGACGGCCUGAUGGACCCGCAGGAGAGCAUGUUUGUCGGCCCGGCUGCCGCCGAGCGGCCGCGUCAGGUAAGUGAGGAGCCGUCGGCCUCCGACCGGCCCACACUGCUGGAGGCCGUCAUCGCCGGCCAAGUGGACACCGACAGCGGCCAGGUGACCGAUCCCGACUCGGGCCGGCGCUACCCGCUCCCGGAGGCGUUCGACAGGGGUCUGCUGUCACUGGCGCACGAUUACACCCGCAUGUGCGGUGUCUCGCUGUCGGACGCCGUGCAGCAGGGACUUGUUGACUACGUUACUGGCACAUUUGAGGAUCGAAACCGUGGCGAAAAACUACAGCUGCAGGAGGCUAUCUCGCGUGGUCUCAUCAACCCAAACAUUCAUGAGGUUUUGAAUACAGACACAGGUGUAAAGGUUACCGUCAAUGAAGCCAUCCAGCAAGGUAUCAUCAAGCCAGAUCAGGGACGAUUCAUCGACAAGAAGACCCGCAAACGGAUGCUGCUCAUUGACGCCGUGAAACAGUACAUGCUCUGCCGACCUCUGACACUGAAGGACAUCCACGAUGGUGGCAGGAUGGAGACGUCCGGCACCAUCUACGACCUGGUGACGAAGGAGCGCGUGACGCUUCUGGAGGCUGUGCGCCGAGGUAUCGUCGAUACGCAGCUGAAAUGUGUGACGAACCUGUCAACGGCACAGCUUCUGACGUUGCCCCAGGCCUUCGCCGAGCGGAUCGUUUUGCCCGAGGGCAAGUUCCGUGACCCGCAGACUGACGAUGUGUUCUCAUUGAGCGAGGCUGUGAACCGUGGACUCAUCACGUCUGUGUCCACAAAGACCAUAUUCGACAUUGACGGCAUCAAGGACCCGGAUACUGGCGACUACGUCAGUCUGAACGUGGCGCUGACCAAAGGCAUUGUCAACCGCACCACCGGCGAAUUCCGCGACAGCAAGAGCGGUCGCUCGAUCCCGCUGGACGAGGCGGUCGUGCAGCGAUACAUCCAACCGCAGAUCAACGAGAUGCUCUCUCGUCCGAUCGGAAUCCACGACGGCGAUCACGAACUGACUGUGUUUAGGUCGGUGCUCCGACAGCGGCUGAACCCCCAGACGGGCCAGGUGACUGACCCUGACACCCUGGAGCCCAUGCCGCUCGAAGAGGCCGUCCGCAGGCGCUGCAUCACCCUGGAGGGCGCCUCCCUGCUCAAGAGCAUGCUCAACAUCACCGUCACUACGGCUACCGUCACGAAGACCAUCAAGCGGUACGUGACGGUGACCUCCGAUGGCCAGUCGGCACCAAUGCCCUUCGAUGAAGCGAUUCGACGUGGAUACAUUGACGAGACGCGCAGCGAGUUUGUGGUACCAUCCAGUAACCAGAGAAUGCCUCUGGACGAGGCGGUGCGGGACGGUCUGCUGGAGGAAGUGCCGGCCGACUACGAGCCCGGUCGUCCGUAUGCUCCCCGCUCCAGCAGCACCUCGACCACGACGCGCACGUACCGCACAUACGUGACGCGCACUGGAGAGAAGCGACCGACGCCCGACCGCGCCACCUCGCCGCCCAAACGCCUGCGCGACUGGUCAGCCGAGCCGAUACCGGCUGAGGAUGCGCCCGGAUCGCCGGCACAGCCCGGCGAUGGGUACGAGAGAACUACACGCACCACGCGCAUUGUGCGCUCCAGUUACGAGGACGAGCCCGAAACAACCACCAAGAUCUACAAGCGCGUGGCGCGCCGGCCACGAGAUGACGUGGAGGAAACUACAGUGACCACAGUGCGCAAGUACGUGAUGAAGCGCACUGUGCGCCGACGGAGGACCACUGGACCUCCGGACGCACCGACUGUUCAUGAAGACGAGGAGGAAGAGACCACUACAGUCCUUGAGAUGCCCGAGGAUGGAUGGUACCUGGACGAAGUCAUUCGCAUGAAUUACUAUGACCCGCGUCGCUGUAUCUUUGCCUUCCCCGAAGCUGACCGAGUUAUCCCAUUCGAAGAGUGUGUUACACUGAAAAUUAUUGACCGUAAAUCGGCUAAGGUGGAAGAUCCUGAAAGCAAGAAACCUUUGGAUAUUGAAGAAGCACUAGAUAAAGGUGUGCUGGAUCAUCAAGGUCGGUACAUCGUGAACGGGAAGCAGUACACCAUGGAAGAGGCAAUAGAGAGGAAGUUCGUACGCACUGAAGUUCGACGUACCCAGGUUAGGCUCGUCCGCACAGUUGAGAUCAUCGAAAUCGUUGGAGAGCCGGACCAAGUGCGCGUUUAUGAGCCUGAACAACCUGGCAAGCCACGCAAGUACUAUGAGAUCGAUGAUGAUGAACCAGAAGCGCCACGCCGCCGCCCACGGCCUGGUGAGCGUGCUCCUCGUAAGAAGAAGCCUGAGCCGAAGGAGGACCCGGAACCUCGGCGAGUGCAGCCGAUGGACGAUGAACCCGAGUUCAAGUCGGUUCGACUCACGAAGACCAGUAGUGCCCCAAAGCAUCCGCUGGAACGUGAGCCCAGUCCUGAUAAGAAGCGGCUACGUCCAGAGGAUGAUGUUCGCAGCAAAAUCAAAUUCUUCACUCGCCGUCCACAUGAAGACACUCCUCCGCGACAAGAGGAAGCUGAACCCGUUGAUGCUUUGGAGGUGGAAAUGCCUGAAGAUGGCUGGUAUCUUGACGAAGUUAUCCGAAAGAAUUACCUGGAUCCCGUGUCUGGCACUUUCAUUUUCCCAGGAUCGGACCGAGUCAUCACAUUUGAACAAUGCGUUACCCUGCGCAUCAUUGAUAAGACAUCUGCUACUCUUCGUGAGCCAACCAAACCACAUGGACGACCACUGGAUCUGGAGGAAGCGUUGGAACAAGGUACCCUUGAUCCGCACGGCCAGUUUGUAGACGGCACCCGACGUAUUCCGCUGAAGGAGGUUAUUGAACGUGGAAUAAUCAAGAUCGAGAAGACCACUCGAACCGUAGUGCACCGCACGCGCAUUAUCGAGAUCCGACGCAUUGUCGACCAGACAGAUGUUAUUCGCAUCUACAAGCCACGUGAGCCCGGACAACCCCGCAGCUAUACCGAACUUGUGUUCGAUGCGCCCACAGAGGAAGAACCGGAUGAGCCGCGCUAUCAUACAGAGUUCACCACGCAGACGCGGCGGCACGUCACUCGUACGCCUCAAUUCACCACUCGCUACGUCACCAGCGUAGGCGAGCCGGAGGAGCCCGACGAGCCGGAGCAGUACACCACCCGCUACUACACCACACGGCGGAGCGAUGACGGCAGCACUACGCAAACAACCCGAACCACCACCACGCGUCGCACCAUCCGAUAUGUGGACGGUCAACCGGUAGAGGAGGAGCCCGAUGACGAUGACGACCACCCAGGCACGUCUCGUACCGCGCGGUACACAACCCGCACCGUUCGGUAUGUCAAUGGUAAACGUGUGGAGGGGCCAGAAGAUGAGCCAGAGGAUGAUGAUCACCGCCCAGGAUCGACGCGAACUACUCGCACCACCACCACGCGAGUCAUUCGCUAUGUCGAUGGGCGUCCAGUUGAGGAGCCGGAAGAUGAACCAGAAGACGAGCGGCGCCCUAAACGCCCCGGUGACUAUCGUCCUGAUGAGAAGGAGCCGAAACAUCCGCGGCCAGAUGAACCUGAGCCAGGUCAAUACACAACGCAUACGACACGCUCUGUGUACACUACUCGAUACUCGUCCGAUGACAGGCCUCGUUCUCCGGACCGCGGCGAGCCUCGUCAGCACCCCAGGCGUCCCAGUGAUCGAGUGGCUCCCGAAGACCUGCCCGCUGCUGGUCUUCCAUCUGAUCGGGAGCCUCGAGAACCACAGCAACCUGGUCGGACCCGGAGUCCACCCUCAAGGCGGCCCAGUGAUCGGGUGCCCCCCGAAGACCGACCGGCAGCCGGAAUUCCGUCUGACCGUGAGCCAAAAUCGCCCACGAAGCGGACAUCCUCUAUUACAGAGCGGUAUCUAUCCAAAAUAUCUAAGCCAGAGGACGAAAAGCCCAAGCCUAGAAGGCCCAGUGAUUCCAAGCCAAGCCGGCCAGGUGACAAGCCGAAACAACCCGCUGAAAAACCGGGCCGGUCCGGUAGUGACAAGCCGAAGAAAGGUGACAAGCCCCUCAAAGACGAGCCGUCUCGACGUCCUUCGAAGGACGUACCAGAACGUCCUAGGGUAUCGAAGAGCUCGCCAGAUGAAAGUCCUGAUAGGCAACCUGCCGACGACAAGCCUGUCAGGCCUGGAGAUCGGACAAAGAAGCCUAGCAUGGAUAAGCCUCGCCACCCCGGUGACGAAUCUCCCACCGAUACUUCUCCUGAGAGACCGUUGAAGGACAGUUCCGGACGUCCUGUCCGUCCUCAUGAUGAUUCUCCUGACAGGCCGAAAUCAACUAGCCCCGAUCGCUACACCACAAAGACAACAAGAACAAUUGUUACUUCUCGGUAUACAACUGAUUAUCCGGAUCAGCCAAAGGAUAGUCCUGGGGCCAGUAAGCCAGUUCGUCCUGAGGACGAUAGGCCAGAUAGUCCUACGCGCAGACAGCCCAAGCGUCGUGGUGAAAAGGAGCCAUCUCUUCCUAGAGAUAAGAAACCAGAACAACCUGGAUCUGAUCAGCCUCGUCCUGACAGUUCUAGUCCGACAUCUGGUGAUGAUCAACCUGGUCGGCCUGGUGACAGGUCUCCCGACGAUCGAUCUCCGAGGAGACCAUCAAAGGGAAGUCCUCGACGUCCUGGGCGUCCAAAGGAUAAAUCACCUGAUGAGAGACCACAGAGUCCUGAUGACUAUACAAAAACUACAACCACAACAACCGUUACGUCUAGGUACACCAGCAAAACUCCUGAUGAACCGAAGCACGAUAAACCGAGGCGUCCUGGAGAUAGGUUUCCACGUACUGGCGACGAUCAGCCAAAGGUCGAAGAAUAUGAACCAAAGCGCAAAGAUGAUAAGCCCAAGCGUCCUGGGGAUACUAGACCACGGCGUCCUGGAGAUAGCAAACCGGGACGUCCUGGAGAUGAGCCAAGAAGUCCUAGAGACGACAAACCUAGACAUCCAAAGGAAGAAAAACCUGGACGCCCUGAUGACACAGGCGACAGGCCGAGAGACAAAUCACCCGAUGACGUAUCUACUAAAAGGCCAGAGAGGGGUGUUCCAAGAAGACCUGGACAGCCCGACGAUGACUCUCCAGAUAUGGACCGACCGGAAAGCCCUCGCUCUUACAGUCAAACAGUGACCAGAACAACCGUCACUUCACGCUUUACCACGGAAUAUCCAGAUGAGCCUGAAGAUGACAAACCCAGACGUCCGGGAGAUGACAAACCCAGGCGUCCUGGAGAUGAACCCAGACGACCCAGUGAUGGUAAACCUAGCCGUCCUGCAGGCGAUAGACCCAGUCAUCCGAGGGAUGACAAACCCCGACGUCCGGGAGAUGAAAAACCCAGACUCCCUGGAGAUGACGAACCCAGACGUCCUGGAGAUGACAAACCCAGGCGUCCUGGUGAUGACAAAACCAGACGUCCGAGAGAUGACAAACCUAGGCGUCCAGGAGAUGACAAACCCAGACUUGGGGAUGACGAUUCCCGCCGUCCUAGAGACGACAAUCCGGGUCGCCCUAAAGACGAUAAGCCGCGACGUCCUUCAGAUGAUGAACCUGCACAUCCUGUUAGUGGCAGGCCGUCUCGACCAAGAGUCGAGUCUCCAGAAAGUCCAGACCGUUUCACCACUCGAACAACUAGGACUACUGUAACUUCGCGCUAUACGACUGGAUACCCUGAUCAGCCUGACGAUGAGCCUCAGCGUCCUCUACGCUCACCGGACACUUCACCCAAACGACCCGGCGACAGAAGCCCCGAUCGUCCAGAGGAUAGGAAACCAAAAGCUCCUGGGGAUGAACAUCCGGAGGCACCGGAAGAUAAGCACAGAUACCCUAGCGACACCAGUCGCAGGCCUAAACGCCCUGAGAGCCCUACACGCUCUGGUGACACCAGCCCUAAACGUCCUGGUGACACCAGUCCUAAACGUCCUGGAGAAAGGAGGCCAGAUCGUCCAGGAGAUGACAAGCCAAAACGUCCUGGUGACGCUAGCCCUAAACGCCCUGGAGAUAGCAAGCCAGACCGUCCAGGAGGUGACAAACCUAGACGCCCUAGUGACGCCAGUCCUAGACGGCCAGGAGAUAGCCAGCCAGAUCGUCCAGGAGAUAGCAAGCCAGAUCGUCCAGGAGAUGACAAACCUAGACGCCCUAGUGACGCCAGUCCUAGACGGCCAGGAGAUAACAGGCCAGAUCGUCCAGGAGAUGAUAAGCCCAGACGUCCUGGUGACACUAGUCCUAAACGACCAGGCGACGUCAGGCCAGAUCGUCCAGGAGAUGACAGGCCCCGACGUCCUGGGGACACCAGUCCUAAACGACCAGGAGAUAGCAAGCCAGACCGUCCAGGAGAUGUCAAACCUAGACGCCCAGGAGAUGGCAAACCAGACCGUCCGGGAGAUGACAAGCCUAGACGUCCUGGUGACACUAGUCCUAAACGCCCUCAAGAUGGGAAGCGGGAUCGUCCGGGAGAUGAUAAACCUAGUCGACCUAGGGACACCAGUCCUAAACGCCCGGGAGACAGCAAACCAGACCGUCCGGGAGAUGGUAAGCCAGAUCGUCCUAGAGACGACGAGCCAGGCCGUCCUAAAGAUGACAAACCUAAACGUCCUGUGGACACCAGUCCCAAGCGCAAGACAAGUCGUCCAGGAGAGGAUCAACCUAGACGCCCAGGAGACACCAGUCCUGAACGCCCUGGUGACGAUGAGCCAGUCCGUCCGAGAGAUGACAGGCCUCGACGUCCUAGCGACACUAGUCCUAAACGGCCAUUGUAUAGCAAACCUGGCCGCCCGGGAGAUGACAAGCCCAGACGUCCGGGUGAUACCAGUCCUAAACGCCCAGGAGAGGAUAAGCCAGGACAUCCGGGUGAAGAUAAACCCAGACGCCCAGGUGACAGGAGCCCUGAACAUACUGGAGACGAUGACAAGCCUGAACGUCCCAGAGAUAGUCAUUCGGAACGCCCCGGUGUUACCAGGCCGGAUCGGCCUCGUGAUGAGCAGCCCCGUCGCCCUAAAGACAAAUCACCCGAUGCGGGGUCUCCUAGAAGGCCAUCCCCUGAACAACCUGAUGACGAUUAUCCAGACAGAGAACGCCCAGAAAGUCCUCGCUCUUACACCAAAACGGUGACGAGAACUAUCACUUCACGGUAUACCACCGAUUAUCCUGAUCAGCCAGAUAAGGACAAACCCCGCCGUCCAGGGGAUGACAAACCCAGACGUCCAGGGGAUGACAAACCCAGACGUCCAGGAGAUGACAAACCCAGACGUCCAGGGGAUGACGAGCCGAGUCGUCCUGGAGACGAUGAGCCGGGUCGUCCAGUUGAUGGCAAACCCCGACGUCCAGAGGAUGAGAAACCCCGCCGUCCAGGGGAUGAUAAACCCCGCCGUCCAGGAGAUGACAAACCCAGACGUCCAGGAGAUGACAAACCCAAACGUCCAGGGGAUGACAAACCCAGACGUCCAGGGGAUGACAAACCCAGACGUCCAGGGGAUGACGAGCCGGGUCGUCCUGGAGACGAUGAGCCGCGACUUCCUUCAGAUGAGAAACCAGGGCGUGAAAGGCCAGUUCGUUCAAGGGGCGAGUCUCCUGAAAGUCCAGAGCGCUACACUACUCGAAGCACCAAGACAAUCGUAACCUCGCGCUUUACGACUGAAUACCCUGAGAAGCCUGAUCAGCCCGAUGACGAUGAACCUGGUGAUAGAAAACCAUCACGUCCAUCUGAAUCAAAACCCAGACGUCCCUAUGAAGCUAGCCCUAGUCGUCCGGGGGAUAAGAAACCAAGACGUCCUUGUGAAGAUCAGCCUGAGGACCAAGAAGAUGAUAAGCCCAGACGUCCCAGUGGUGCCAGGUUCGGACAUCCUGAGGAUGACAAGCCUAGACGUACCGGUGACACUAGUCCCAGACGUCCUGGAGAUGACAAGCCUGGUCGUCCUGGUGACGAAUCACCUAAACGUGAACCAGUCAGAAGGCCAUCAAAGGGUGCUCCAGGACAACCGGGUCGAUUGAGUGAUUCUCCAGACAGAGAACGUCCCGAGAGCCCUGAAAGAUACACUUCACAAACGAGGACUACUGUUACAUCAAGCUUUACCAGACGAUACCCAGGUGAACCCCAUGAGCGUGAGCCAAGGAAGCCAAGCCGCCCAGAGGAGCCAGAUCGGCCGGAUGAAGAUAGACCUAAACGUUUUGGUGACCGCCCUAAACCGGAGCCAAGACGACCCCAUGACGUUGACCGACCUGGCCGGCCAAGGGGCGAAUCUCCUGAAAGUCCUGACCGUGGUAUUACACGAACUACAACGACCGUUACCUCACGUUACAUCGGUGUAGGCCCCGACGAGCCCCAAGAUUCCUCUCCGAGGCGCCCGAUUGAUGAUAAGCCUACUGGCCAUGACGAUGGUGACCAACCGGACAGACCGGAACGUAAAUCCCCGGAUGACACUGACAUUUACACCGCUAGAACCACCAGAACUAUUGUUACUUCACGGUAUGCAACGGAAUAUCCAGACGAGCCAGAAGAUGGUAGGCCUCGACGUCCAGGAGACGUACCAGAUGAUGACAAGCCCAGGUAUCUGAGGGAAAAGCCAGAUGAUAUCAGAAAGGAUAGUCCAGACAAGCCGGGGCAGUCAAAGGCUGGUCGACCUAGAGAUAGGUCUCCAGAAAGCCCUGAUCGUUUUACAACCCGCACAACUCGCACAACCGUUACAUCACGACAAACAACGCAAUAUCCUGAAAAGCCGGGCGAUGAGAGUCCCAAACAGCCUGCUAGUGACCGUCCAAGACGUCCUGGUGACACAUCACCUGAUGAAGGUACUCCUACCUAUAGGAGACCAUCCAAAGGUAGUCCAGCUCGCCCAGGUCGACCAGGUGAUGACUCUCCUGGUAGGUCACAUCCGGACCGGCCAAGAGGCGAGUCUCCCGAAAGUCCUGAUCGAUGUACAUAUAGGACAACAAAGACAACUGUGACAUCGCGUUACACAGCGGGAUAUCCGGAUGAGCCAGAGGAUGAUCGGCCACGGCGUCCAGAAGAUGUGCCGGACGAUGGUAAGCCCAAACGCCCGGGAGAUGUACCAAAGGACGGUAAACCAAAACCGUAUCUUCCUACAGACGAUGAGCCAGGGCGACCCGGACGCAAGUCGCCUGACACUCUUGACCAGUACACGUCUAGAACUCGAACAACGAUAACAUCGCAUUAUACGACUGAAUAUCCAGAUCAGCCUGAGAGUCGUCCUAGUGAACCUGAUGAUCGUCCAAGACAGCCUGGUGAUCAGAGCCCUUCUCGCUCUAGGCCGUCGGAACGGCGUCCGGCUGAAGAUUCUCCGGAUAAAAGACGACCCGAAAGCCCUUCUGGACUCACUAAGAAAACAACAACUGUUACAACGAGAGUUACAAGCAGAUCUCCUGAAAAGCCUGAUAAGUCCAAACAACCUGCGGAUGAUAAGCGUCGCCAUCCCACAGAUGAAAAACCAAAGCGCAUCAGUCGCGACAAACCAGAGUCCCCAGAUAUUGAUAAGCCAUCGCGUCCGCGAGACAUCAAACCUGGUAGCCCCGUGAAAGACCGGCCUAGUCCUCGUGAAGAUAAGCCCGGCCGUCCCGGCUCUCAAAAGCCAGUCGGUCCUGAUGAUGAAAAACCCAGUCGUCCGAAGGAUGGAAGACCGGGGCGCCGUCCUGAUGACGAGAAACCUGGACGGCCAGGACUGGACAAGCCAAAACGACCAGGCGACAGCUCUCCAAGAGGUGAAUCGCCGACCAAACCUUCAGCCGGACGACCUGGGAGACCUGGCGAUACAUCACCUGAUCGCAAGCGUCCGAAGAGUCCUGAUGAUUAUACAACACGGACGACAAAAACAACCACGGUUACAUCACGGCCUGGCACACAACGCCCUGAUGAUGCGAAGCCGAGAAGUCCGAUAGACAAAUCCAGUCAACCUGGUCAGCCUGGCGAAGACUCGCCUGACGACCGUCCUGAAAGUCCGGAACGCCGUACCACUCGUACGACCAGGACUACAGUAACGUCAACGUUCACUGCACAAAUUGAAAGCCCUCAAGAUGAUGAGCCUAGUCGACCACACGAUUCUUUGGAUCGUCCUCGACGUGGUGAUAAGCCCAAGAGGCCUGUUGAUGAUCUACCUAGUGAUCGUUCUCCGAGGAAGCCUUUGAAGGAGGGUCCCAUCGACGAUUCUCCUGAUGAUAGGCGGCCUGAAAGUCCCGAGGGAUACUCCAGAACUACAACAACUGUGACCUCUAGGUACACCAGCCGAUCCCCCGAGAAAAGGCCAGAAGACGAUAAGCCAAGAAAGCCAGGCGAUGGCAAACCAAAGCGUCCUGAUGAUGAAAAGCCGCGUCGACCGAUCGAUGAAAGGCCAAAACGUCCCGGUGAUGGGACAAAACGUCCCGAAGAUGAUCCACCUGUAGGUUCUGGAGGGAAACCACGUCGCCCUGGUGACGAAAAACCAGAACGACCAGGGCAGCAUAAACCGAAGCGCCCUGGUGAAAAAUCACCAGACGAAUCGCCAGACCGGAAACAACCGGAUGACGACAAACCAGGACGUCCCAGCGAUAAACGGCCCGAUCGUGUUGAUGGCAAACCUAAGCGCCCUGGUGAUGACAAACCGGAACGACUUGAUGAUUCUCCUGAUCGUUCACCGGCAAAGAGUCGUCCUGACGACGAAUAUCCUGCUAAAAAACGUCCCGACAGUCCUGGUAAAUCUACGAGGACCACGCCAACACCACGAACCGCAAGCAGGUCACCUGAGAAAACUGAACCUGGUAGACCGAAACGUCCUGACGAGGUCAAGCCUGGUCGCCCCGGAGACGCAAAGCCAGGACGCCCUGGCGAUGAAAGUCGCCCGGGAGACGACAGACCCAGGCGCCCUGGAGACGACAAGCCAAGCCGCUCGGGAGAUGACAAACCAAGUCGUCCGGGCGACGAUAAACCCAGCCGUCCGGGAGACGACAAACCCAGACGCCCUGGAGACGACAAACCCAAACGUCCGGGAGACGACAAACCCAAGCACCCUGGAGACGGCAAACCCCAGCGCCCUGGAGACGACAAACCCAGGCGUCCCGGAGACGACAAACCCAGGCGCCCUGGAGACGACAAACCCAGACGUCCGAGAGACGACGAACCAAGUCGUCCGGGAUACGAUAAACCAAGCCGUCCGGGAGACGACAAGCCCAGGCGUCCCGGAGACGACAAACCCAGGCGCCCUGGAGACGACAAGCCCAAACGUCCGGGAGACGACGAACCAAUUCGUCCGGGAGACGACAAGCCCAGGCGUCCCGGAGACGACAAACCCAGACGUCCGGGAGACGACGAACCCAGACAUCCAGGUGAUGACAAACCUAGCCGCCCGAGAGAUGACAAACCAAGUCGUCCGGGAGACGAUAAACCCAGCCGCCCGGGAGAAGACAGACCCAGACGUCCAGGCGAUGACAAGCCUAGACGCCCAGGUGAUAAACCUCGUCGUCCUGGAGAUAAGCCAAGCCGUCCGAGAGACGAACAACCGCGCGACAUCAGAGAGGAUCAGUCUCGUCCUGCAGAUGACGAGCCUGGCCGCCCUGGGACAGACAAGCCCGCUCGUCUGAGUGAUGUUAGUCCAGAUCGUCCCCGAGAUGAUAGACCUCGACGACCUGAUGAUAAAUCGCGCUAUCCGGAGGGUGAUCGGCCCCGGCGACCGAGUGACAAAUCACCAGAGAAAGAAUCGCUCACGAAACCCUUCACUAAAAAGCCGGGGUACCCUGGUGAUGAGUCGCCGGACCGGGCUUCCCCCGAUAGCUCUGUUCACUCAACCAAACGAACUACCGUUACGUCACGAUACAUUACUGAACGGCCAGACAAGCCAGAGAAUGGCAGACCCCGGCGGACAUCCGAUGCAAAGCCGAAACCUUCAGGAGAUAGACCUGGACGCCCAGGAGAUGACAAGCCGGAUCGUCCAGGACGCAAGUCCCCGUCUAAGGAGCCCAGACCGGUGGAGCAGCGACCGAUUAGACCAUCUCAGUCUCCGGACAGGGGCGGCGAAGAGGUGCUCAAGUAUUACACCACAACUGAUGGGGAUGAUAUGCAUGUAGCUGAAAUUGUGAAGCGAGGAGUCACUACCAAGAAGGUAAAGAAGGCUCUUGUUGUACAUCCUCAAACCGGCGAAGAAAUCACUCUGGAAGAAGCACUUGAGAGAGGUGUUAUCGACCAGGAGACGUUUGACCAAUAUGCCGCGGAAGGUUAUGUGGAUGGAGCCGAUGGCCAAAUCACUUAUGAUUCUCAGUUAAUCGAAACUUCUAUCAUCGUUCGUGACCCAAGGACUGGUGAGGAAGUUCCACUCGAGGAGGCUGUUGAAAAGGGUUUAAUAACCCCUGAGGAUGCCAAAGAACUAUCACAGGGUCAGAUGCCUCAGACACCAACUGAAGAGCCAGGCACUCGGGGACAGAGGCCAAUGCGCAGAAUCUCUGAGCCAAAGUUCAGUGUAACCAUCGGCAGAGCAAAAUCCAUCGAAGCCGAAGAAGGGAAGCCAAUCAUCCUGCAGAAGGUUCGGAGAAGGGUUGUUAAACCAAAAGAUGCAGUGGACCGCAAUCUCAUUGAUGAAGACACCGCUGAUGUUCUGGAUAACCCGGACAGCUUCAAAGAUAGCAGGGGGAAGCCAUGCACCCUCUUAGAUGCGAUCAAGACCGGCAAGGUUGAUUCAACGACAGGCAACAUCAAAGACCCUUUGAAGGGAGAAGACCUGACGAUUGAGCAAGCCAUAGAGCGUGGAGUUAUUGACAUCUAUCGGGGUAACCUGCUGAUCCCGGUGGCGAGGUGUCUCACUUUCCCGGACGUUAUGGAUCAGGGUCUCUUCAACCCUCGCACACAGCGCAUUAUUCACCCUGAGACUGGUGCCGAGCUCACGAUCGAAGAAGCUCUGAUUUGCGAAAUCCUGGACCCGCUAUCGAGGGUGCUUGGCGCAACUGAAGAACCAAUCACCUUGCAGGAAGCUAUAGAGCGAGGUUUCAUCAACCCUGAAACCAAUGAAAUCCGUUCGGAAGAUCGUCCAAAAACCAUUUCUGAAGCUCACAAUGAAGGUUUCUUUGAUUGGAGCACAUACGCCCUAAAUGAUGACCUUCCUCCUCUUGGCAUCACAUUCCCAGUGGCUGUUGAGCGAGGCUACAUAGAGCCGAAGAAAAAGGAACUUCUCAACAACGUCACCAAGGAAAUGGUUCCCCUGGAGAUUGCCAUUGAUCAGGACAUAUUGAUGGUUCUCCCAUUCCCAUUGAGUCCGGAUGCUGUCGAUUUGAUGGAUGCUCUCGACCAGAAUCUGAUUGAUGUGAAGAAAAAGACGUUCAGGCAUCCCAAGAACAACGAAGUGAUGCCGAUAGGAAAGGCGGUCGAGAACGGUCUGAUUCGCAUCAAGCCCGUCAGCCCAGAUGAUGAACUGCUGGCACCAUGUGAUGGAAUCACGGAGACACUGACACAGUAUCACACCAUCACCACUCGAACUAUUCAGUUGACUGCAGGUCACAUCUUGCAUGGACCUGACCAAGUGAAGAACCUGAAGACGGGAAAGAUCAUAUCAAUCGAUGAGGCUAGAGAGAAGGGCAUUGUGAAAGACGAUGAUGAGACUGUAGAAGAAUAUACUACGCGUGAAAUAAAGAUGUCCUUCACUGAAGCCGUUAAGAAGGGACUGAUCUGUUUCAAGACCAAGACGUACACUGACCCUCACACUGGAGAAAAAAUGCCCCUGACCGAUGCGAUUGAGAAGGGUGUCCUCAAACCAACAGACAUUCUUGAGCCGAACGAGCAGUUCAAGACACCCAUGGACCUGGUUCAGGCUGGUCUCACCAUUUACGACAAAAAGAACAAACGCUUCCGGGAUCCCAAGUCGGGCCGACCGCUGACUCUUAAAGAUACCACAGAAAAGAAGAUUAUUGACAAGUACUCCGUGGUUGUUGAAGUGAAUACUGGCACCACAUAUACGGUCGCAGACGGCAUGGACAAGAGGAAGAUUGAUCCUGUCACCGGCGACGUCACGAACCCCAGGACUGGGCGGAAGACACCGCUGGAUGAAGCAAUCAAGCAGGGGCUCAUCGCUUCAGUCGAUAUCAACAUUCCUAAAGGACAGUCGCUGGUUGACUUUGCCAAGAAGGCUGUCAAGAAGCGUGAAGAUGAAAAACCCAAAGACGAUUCACCUUUCGAUUCAAAAGAAGAGCCCGAAGAUCAGUUGCCAAAAGAACGCAGCGCCCCGAAACCCAGACCACAACCUCGUAUUCCCAAGAGCAAACAAAUGACCAUCGAAGAGGCGAUAUGUGCCGAUGAAAUAGAGCCGGAGCGCUGUACUCUAGUUGUUCCUGCCACUGGAAGGCGGAUUCCAGUGCGUGACAUUGUCUCAAAGAAAAUUAUGUCAUUGGAGAGCGUAGUCGAGGUCAUCAGCAGGACAGACAUCACACUUAUCGAAGAAGUGUCUGCUUUGCUGUCUUCCACAAGAAAAGAACCCUCCCGAAAGCCAGUAUCAGAGACUGAGCCCGGGCGCCGAGCUCCUUCGGAAGAGAAGCCCGGCCGCAAAUCGCCCGUCAAGGGUAAACCAUCGGACGAAUAUCCAACGGAUACAAAGCCAUCAAGCACGCGACCAGCGGAGCGUAAUGGUGAACUAUCUCCCAAAGACGAGCCGUCUGUGACAGCACCAUUUAGGGAACCAGGCAGGAAGCCUUCUGAAAUGGACAAGCCGAUCGGUAAGGAUGACAAGCAAGAAGAGGUGCCUACGCCAGAAACCGAGCGAUAUCCUAAAACAUCGAAAACAAUGGAGCCUUCUCGCAAGACACCACUCGAUGAAGUUCCCUCACAAAGCGUCAGAAAACCAGGCAAAUAUUCGCAACUUCCGAAAAAGCCCAGAAUGACUAUUGAGGAGGCCAUAUGUGCUGAUGAAAUCGAGCCAAAACGGUGUACGCUUGUGGUCCCCAAUACUGGGAAACGCAUCCCCGUGGACGAUAUUAUCUCAAAGAAGAUUAUGUCGCUCGACAGCGUUGUUGAGGUAGUCAGUCGACUUGAAAUUAUUUUGCUGGAAGAAGUGUCGAUAGUUGUGUCAUCCAGAAGACCAAAGGAGCCCGUUACACGCAAAUCAUCUGCGAAGGAUGAGCCCUCUAGCAAAUAUCCGACAAAGGAUGAUCAAUUGCGACGGUCUCCCAGCAAAGAAGAGCCAUCUAGAAAGACGCCAAGCAAGGAUAUUAGCCGUCGUUCUCCAUCUGAAGAAGAGCCAUCUCGGAAGCCUUCAACCAAGGGCGAACCUUUCCGAAGAUCGCCAACUAAAGAGGAUGCGUCUCGUGACCUGACUAAGGAAGAACCUCAUCACAAAGCUCCUUCGAAAGAAGAACCGUCUCGGAGGCGUCCUUCCAAGGAUGAGCCGUCUCGUCCCUCUCCGAGCCGAGCUAAGCCUUACAAGCGGCAGCCAAGUGAUGAAGAGUCCCCUCGCCGACGCCCAUCUAAGGAGGAGCCGAGUCGUCCUCGUGCACAGAAAGAUGGAGAUUUGUCUGAACCAGAGAGGCGAUCGCCCACAAAAACGUCCCGACUCACACAUGAGGUGGAACCGGCCAAGGAACCGGAAACAUUUGUCACAGUCAAGCAAGUUAAGUAUACUCAGCUGCCAAAACGUCCCAAAGUGACACUCCAAGAGGCGAUUGACGAAGAUCAGAUUGAACCGAAUCGCUGUGUGCUAAUCAUUCCGGCAACAGACAAGCGAAUUCCUGUGCGUGAUAUCAUUUCCAAGAAAAUCAUGUCGCUAGAAAGUGUUGUUAUGGUCAUGAGCCGUACGGAGGUUGUGCUGGUAGAAGAGGUAUCAACGAUUGUGCGUCGUCUGAUGCGGCCCGUGUCUGCUGUCGAGGCAGGCAUUUACGAACCUGACAGUGGCCGCUUCAUCAACCCAGACACGCAGGAGCACGUUAGUUUCAAGUCUCUGGUGACCCUUGGAAUCAUGCCGGCUGAAGCGAUUCGUGUGCUUGACUUGCAAUCAAAUCGUUACAUGCCAAUGGACGAGGCGAUCGAGCAGCAGCUCGUUGAUGCCGAGACAGGUGACGUGUAUGACACCGAGACUCGUGAGACAGUGAGCUUCUUCCGUGCAGUCAAAGAAGGCUUAGUGAAGCCAGAAGACGAGAAGCCAACGAAGAUCCCGCUCAGUCGAGUCGUUGACAAGGGAUGGUACAGUCCCAAGCGCGGUACUGUGAGUGUGCCUGGCUAUGAUAAGCCAAUGCCACUUGACGAAACUUUCCGAAGGGGUAUCGUGAACCUCGAUACAGUGUUGGUGAUUGACAAGAACUCCAACGAGUACAUACCAGCGAUGCAGGCUGAAGAAAAUGGACUGAUCGACCUCCUUGACGGUGUUGUGAAGGACAUCGACCACAACAGGGACAUGCCUAUGGCACAGGCUUUGAACAAGGGAAUCAUCAUCCCCCGACGCGUGCCCAUGUCGCUGGAGGCCGUCAUCCGUCGCAAGCUGUACCAUCCCGGCACCGGCCGGAUCAUUGUGCCGGGUACCGACGAACCCGUCAAACUCGACGAAGCUAUUCACCGGCAGCUGAUCGAUUCGGAAUCAUCACAGAUCAAGGACACGCAGAAGAACGAGUCUGUGACGCUGGAACGAGCUAUCACCACACGCUUGGUGGAUAUCACAACUGGCCAAGUGACUGACACCCGAAGCGGUCAUAGCAAGCCACUCGACAGCGCCUAUCGUGAGGGUAUGAUCUGGACAAAGCCUAUGCCAGUUGAUCUCACUGACGCUGUUCAGAUGGGCCUGUACGAACCAGACACUGGAAAGAUCAUUGAUCCGGCGAGUGGUGAAGAUGUGACACUCCAACAAGCUGUUGAACUGAAAAUCAUCAAUGUCGAGUCGAUCAUUGUGGUGGAUGUGGAGACUAAGGUUAUCCACACUUACGACCGAGCCGUGCGUGCUGGCCUGGUGGACACAGAGCGUGGCGUUAUUCGCCAGCCAGACCACGAUGUGCCGCUGGAUCGUGCCUUCGAUCAGGGCAUGCUGGCCGAGCGCAAGCCUCCUUUGGCAUUGCAGGAGUUCGUCGAAAAAGAACUGUACGAACGGGCUACUGGCCAUCUGAUUAUUUUCCGCACGAAAGAGCGUGUGACAAUCGAGGAGGCUAUUGUUCGCACUGAGAUUAACACCUUUGCUGAGACCAUGAAGCAUCCGGACACCAACGAGGUGCUGAACCUCCUUGAGACAAUUGAGCGCGGUUUCCUGGAUCCGGUGUCGGGAGCGGUGACAGACCCCCGCUCGGGAGAGGAAAUCAAUCUGGCUGAGGCCAUGGAGCACCAGGUGCUGCUCCCGCCUCCCAAACGUGUGCCACUCCGAGAAGUGUUCGAAAAGAACAUGUACGAUCCGCGAACUGGCCGUGUCUCUGAGCCAGACACGCAUGAGACGUUCACUGUCGAGCGCGCCAUUAAGAUCCGCCUGAUUGAUGUUUCGUGCACGAUUGUGCGUGACGACCGCAAAAACCGUGUGCUUAGCUUCCCGCGUGCUCUUCGUGAGGGCAUAAUCAACGGAACAACGGGCGUGUAUUGUCCAGACAAAACACGUCGCAUGCCGUUGAAUGAGGCGUUCAAAGAAGGGUUCAUAUCGGAUGUUGAACUGCCGAUGUCAAUCAAAGACGCUAUCCAGAAGGGCGUUUAUGAUGAGGACACUGGCCUAUUCUUCGACCCGACGACGGGCGACUGGCUGACGCUGCUGGAAGCUGUCGAUGAGCGUGGCAUCCUGGACGAGAAGUCUGUGCUCGUGCGCGACACGAUUCGCGGCUUCUGGAAGAACGUCGACAUUCUGGAGGCGAUGCGCCGUCGUCUUGUGGAACCCGACACCGCUCGCGUGAAGAACUUCGAGACCCACAGUGACUACUCGCUGCAGGAGGCGUUUGAAGUCGGGCUGGUCGUUGACAGUCGGCACUCGCUCUCCCUGCAGCAGGCCAUCAAGGACGGUAUGUACGAUGAUGAGACAGGCCGCUUCACUGACUCGGUCUCGGGAUGGAAGGUGAGCCUCCACGAUAUCAUCAAGCGCUUCAUCAUCAAUCCAGGCCUGCCGUGCUACUUUGACACGGAGGAGGAGCGUCUGCUGAACCUCAACGAGACGUGUCGCGCAGGCAUUAUCGAUCGCCGCCGAGGAACCUUCCGCCAUCCCAAGACUGGCUACGACAUCUCUCUGAGCGAGGCGCUUCGAAAGGGCUUCAUCAUUGACUUCGAGAAGCCGAUGAGUCUCUACAACCUGGUGCACAUGGGCUUCUAUGACCCACAGACCGGUAAGAUCGUGCAGCCGCGCACCGGUCGGAAGCUGACCCUGGAGGACGCUGUGAAACACCACCUGCUCGAUCCUAAGCGUUCUCCGGUGAAACACGCCAAAACUGGCCGUUUCCUAAGCUUCACUGACGCCGUCAAGGAUGAGCUUGUUGACGCAAAGAACGGCUGGUACGUAGUGCCAGGCACCCGCGAGAAGAUCACCAUGAUCGAAGCCAAGAAGCUGCGGUAUAUCGUGCCUAGUGAGCGACCUUUGCGCAUCAAGGACGCAAUCAAAUACCAGCUGUGUCAUCUGGACUCCGGAAAGUUCUCUGACCCCAAUACGGGUGACAAUCUGGAUCUUCAUGACGGUAUUCAGCGUGGGUUGCUCUGUGGAAAAACGACGAAGUUCAACGAUACCGUCCAAGGCAAGCACAAGCGCCUGCUCACGGCGAUCAAAGAGGGCAACAUCCAGACCAACAAGGGCCGCGUAAUUGACACCUUCACCAAGCGUGCUUACAACUACAGCGUGGCUUUCGACCGCGAGCUGCUGGUAACGGAAGAUGUGUCACCCGAGGAGGUAGUCAAUGUAGAGCACAUCAUGAAGCAGGAGGCGACGAUGGCCUACUCAGCGCGACCCUCGGACCGCGAAAACCUCGUCAACUACAGCCUGGAGGAGGCGAUCAAGGAGCUCAUCAUCAACCCGGAGACGGCCGUCGUGAUGGAUCCGACCACCAAGGAGCUGCGGCCGCUGAAGCAGGCCAUCACGGACGGACUGAUCGAGCCGAAACACCGCGCCAUGAUUGACAUCAGCCCCGGUCGCCUGUCGCCGCAGUUGAUUUUGUUUGAGGGGCGUACCAUGCUGUACCUGCGUCCGCCAGUGGCCUUCCAAGAGGCUAUCGACAACGGCUCCCUGAACGUGCAACACGCGCGCUACAUCGAGCCUAGCUCGCGCCAGGCAGUCACAUUGAAAAAGGCGUUCGACCUGGGUCUUCUGGAUCCCAACACAGUUCUGCUGAAGGAUACGAAGCGGGCGCGUCUGGUGCGUCUGCCGGCAGCCUUCGAGCAGGGUCUGAUCGAAGAGGACAAGGGUAUGGUGCUGGACACUACCACCGGCCACUUCCUGACACUGGAGCAAGCCAUCAAGGAGGGAGUCAUCGUAACGCCGCGCUACUGUUUCUCGGUGCUGGAGGCGCUCGACAGUGAUCUGUACGACCUGGACCGGGAGCGGUUCGUUGAUCCGUUCACGGACCGCCCCAUCCCCCUGUCGGAGGCCAUUGAUCGCGGUCUGAUCGACCCGACCACGGUGCUGGUGCGCGACCCGCUCACGGACCGGCUGCACCACCUGCUGGCCGCCAUCGAGGAGGGCCUGGUGACGCCGAACGCCGGCGACGUCCGCCAGGUGGACCACUUCAUCAACAUCGUGGAGGCGCACCGGCUCGGCCUGCUGGUGCCGGCCGAGACCAGGCAAGCGGUGAUUGAGAAGUACCGCCACUGCGACGACUCGAUCGCCAAGCUGCUGGACUGGGUGGAGCGGAUGGAGCGGCGCGUGGCCAACCAGGAGCGUAUUCAGGAGGAUGUCUCCAACCUGCGCAACCAGAUCAACGUGGUCAGGGCCAUCAAGGACGAGCUGAAGGACCAGCAGCGUCCGGUGUCGUCGGUGCUGGACCAAGUGCAGGACGUGACGGAGAAGGGCGGCGACGUCCUCUCCAAGGACGAGACCAAGCAGCUCGACAAGAACGCCAGGGAGCUGCGCCAGAGGUACGACACUGUUGUUGACCGCACGGAGCAGCUGCUGCGGCGUCUUACCUCGUGUCUGGACGAGCUCAGCAAGUACAGGACCGACCUGGUCACAUUCCAGACCUGGCUAUCGAGCGCGUCCCGCACUCUGGUGGACAAGGAGCGGCUGCUCUCCGACCUCAACAAGCUCAAAGCCAACGAGCAGACCUGCAAGGACUUCGUCAACGACGUGAUCGCCCACCAGGCCGAUCUGCGCUUCAUCACUGUGGCAGCGCAGAAGUUCAUUGACGAGUCCAAGGAAUAUCUGAAAACGCUCAAUGAGUUCCGUACGUCGCUGCCACAGCGACUGGGCCACAUCGAGCCCCACGAGUACCUAGUCAAACAGGAGGUCGCGGAGGUCACCCAGACCUUCCAGGACCUGCUGAGCCGUGCCAACAAGCUGGCCGACAAGCUCUCCAGCAUCGGCAGCCGGCAGCGCGAGUACCAGGAGGCCCUGGAGCGUGCCGAGCGCUGGCUGCGAGAGGCCGAGCCCCGUGCCGAGAAGGUGGUCAACGAGCCGGUGGCUGCUGAGCCGCGCGGAGUUCAGGAGCAGCUGGACCGGGCGCGUACCCUCAGCACGGAUGUCCUGGCGCAGGGUAAGCUGUUCGACAACGCCACACUGUCGGCCGCACAGCUGGUCAAGUCGCUCGAGGGCCAGAUUGGUCCCAAGGAGAGUGAGCGCAUCAGCCGACCGCCGGAGGAGCUGGCGGACAAGUACCGUCGCCUCUCGGACGCCGUCACCGACCGCUGCCAGGCGCUGGACAUGGCUCUGGUGCAGUCCCAGGGCGUCCAGGACGGCCUCGACUCGCUGAUGACCUGGCUGACGCAGGCCGAGACGCGGCUGAAGGGUAUCCUGAAGCCGGCCAGUCUGAACCGGGAACGGCUGACCGAGCAGCUGCAGGAGCAGCGUGUUCUGCAGGCUGACAUCGACCAGCACCAGGCCAGUGUGGAGCAGAUCCAGCGCAGUGCGGAGGAUCUCCUCCAGACGCCGUCCAACGCGCGCAUCGCCAAAAAGAUCGAACAGAAGCUCACGGACCUCACCACGCGCUUCUACAAGCUCAGGACCAAGUGUCACGAGCGCGGCGUGCUCCUGGACGAGGUUUCCUCUCAGCUGGAUACCUUCUGGACCAAGACGGAGCGCCUCGAUCAAUGGUUCGUUGAGGUCUUCGAGCUGGUGGAAUCCAACGAGACCAGCAAGCUGAACGUGGAGGCGUACACGGCCAAGGUGGACGAGAUCUCCCGCCAGGCGGAGGCACAGCGCCCCGAGUACCAGGCUGUGGUGAACACGGGCCACGGACUGGUCACCAAGAAGGACGUCACCGACACUGCCAUCACCAAGGAGAAGGUCAAGGAGCUGGAGGGCCAGUGGGCCGAACUGCAGGAGCUGCUCGAUGAGCGCCUGCGCGAGGGACGUACACGCUCCGACUCUCUCAGCGCCUACGAGCGACUGCGGGAGGAUGUGCUGACGUGGCUGACACGAAUGGAGAGCAGCAUUGACUCGCUGCAGCCGGUGGCUGUUGAUCAGGAUCUGCUCAAGAAGCAGAGUGACGAGCUCAAGCCGUUGAUACGCGAGCACACCAGCUACUUCACCACCAUUGAGAAAGUGCACGAGCUGGGCACUCAGUACGACUCGCUGCUGCGCGGCCGUGGCGAGACGCCCGCCCGGCGACGCUCCUCCGUGACGCCGGCCAAGCGCGCCUCCGUGUCGCACGGUCGUCGGUCGGUGGCCAGCCCUCUGAGCUCAGCACGUAAGGCGUCCUACGACCUUCGUGGCUCGUCUCCGGCUCGCAGCCCCUUCGUCACCGGCGAUGGCUUCUUCAACAUCGAUGACAUGUCACCGAUCCAGGCGCAGCUGACUGAGAUCGACAACCGCUACCAGAUGGCUGGUACGCGACUCACCGACCGUCAGGCCGACAUUGAGAACGUCACCGACGAGGUGCGUCGCCACGCCGAUACCCUCAAGAAGCUGCAACAGUUCCUCGAUAAGUCUGAGGCCAAGCUGCCGCGCGACUCCGCCGUGCAGACUCGCGAUGAGGCUGAUAAGCAGCUGGGCGCGGUCCGUGCGCUGACUGAGGAGCUGUAUGAGCGGCAGCCGUCCCUGGACGGACUGAGGACGCAGGCUGGAGAGCUGCUGCGCAGGAGACCUGGUGUUCCGGGCGCCGACCGGCUGCAGGAUGACCUCACUGAGGUCGUCGAUCGCUGGCGCCAGCUGCAGGACAACCUGAAGCGUCGUCAGAAGCAGCUGCAGGACAGCAGGCAGUUCUUCGACACGCACGACCAGCUCGCCUCCUGGCUCAAGGCCAAGGAGAAGAUGCUGACGGUGCUGGGACCGCUGAGCUCGGAUCCACGUCUGGUGCAGAUGCAGAGUCAGCAGGUGGCCGUCCUGAGGGACGAGUUCGCCGGACAGUACCCGAACCUGCAGACUCUGAACAAGGUCGGCCAGAGCCUGGUGGACGAGGCCGAGCCUCAGACCGCCGACUCUGUGGACAAGAAGAUGCGCCAGGUCAACGACAAGUGGGAGGAGCUCAUCUCCCAGCUGGAGGAGCGCGAACAGACCCUGGAUGCCGCCUCCGGCACCAGCCGGCGCUUCAACGACGAGCUGGGAAAGCUGCAGCGUGAACUGCAGAAGAUCACUGACAACGUCGACGACCUCAGCGCGGAGAAGACCGAGCCGAGCCAGAAGCUGACCAAGCUCGACAAGAUUCAGUACCAGGUGGAGGAGUUGAAACCUCGUCUCAGCGAGCUGGAGACUCUUGGAGACGAGCUCUGCAACGUCCUCACGGACGCCUCCGCCAAGGCUGAGGUCAAGGACAAGCUGUACCAACUGGGACGGCAGCAGACGCAGCUGCAGCGCAAGCUGGACAACCUCCGUGCCGAGCUGGAGAGUUCGCUGAAGGAGGACCGCGAGUUCGAGAACGACUGCGCUGGAGUCCAGGAAUGGAUCAAGGACUGCGUGGAGCAGCUGGGUCGCCCGCUCAAGGUCUCUGCUGACGAGCAGAAGCUGGCCAGACAGGUGGAGGACUACGAGCCCGUCUACAAGAACGUGAUGGCUCGUGAACACGAGGUCUUCCUUGUCCAAAAGAAGGGCAAGGACCUGAUCGCCAAAACGACCAACAAGCAGGAGGCCAAGAACCUGGAGAAGUUCCUGGAACGCCUGCAGAAGGACUGGGAGAACCUGAAGAAGGACGCAGUGAACCGUCAGACUCGUCUGCGCACGUGCACUGACCACUGCCGCAAGUACCACUCGACGCUCGAGAGGUUCGUGCCUUGGCUAGACUCCAGCGAGAUCCGUCUGGAGCGGCUGCAGCCCAUCAGCUUCCAUCGCUCUGAGAUCCAGAAGCAGCUGCGCGAGAUCCAGGCGUUCAAGAACGAGGUAUCGCUUCGCUCUGGCGAGCACGAGCAGACCCAGUCGACUGGCGAGACUCUGCUCUCUGCCACUGACACCGACAAGGAGGGUGUGCAGGCUGAUCUGACCGACCUCCGUCGCCGGUGGGACGCCCUGCAGCGCGCCGUCGCUCAGCGCCAGGCAAACCUCGACGACGUGCUGACCAAGGUGACCGACUUCACCGACCGACUGCGUGAUGUGGACCGUUCGCUGCAGCGUGCCGAGGACAAACUGGCCUCGCACGACGCGCUGGGCGGCGGCCGCGACCCACGUCUGCUGGAGCGCGUGGCUGACAUGGUCCGCGAGGCAGAACAGCUAGCCCACCAGCUGGACAAGGUACGCAACCAGGCGGACGACCUCUGCGACGAGGCGCGUCACGUCGGCUCCGACGCCUCCCACAUCAAGGAUGAGGUGGAUCGCGUCGGAGACCGCCUCAACAACCUCCAGGCUAAGCUGGACGACCGGCAUGGUGACCUGAAGAGCGCCUCCCACGCCGUUGGCGAGGUGAACGACCGCAUCAAGGAGCUUCACUCUCAGCUGGGAGCUCUGGAAGAGGAGCUGGACGGUAUGGCUCCGGUGGCGCGUGAGGUGAAGAUCGUGGAGCGCCAGGUGACUGAAAUCACCAUCUUCCUGGAGAAGGUGGUCCGUGAAAAGACGGAGCUGGUUGAUGCUGAGCGCACCGUGGAUGGACUCGUACAGGAGGGCUUUACCACGGACGCCAAGACGCUGCGUGACCAGCUGGGCAGCAUGAAGCGGCAGUUGUCGCGCAUCGAGGACCGCGGCCAGGCGCGCGAACAGGAGGUGCAGCUGGUGCUGACCAAGCUGACCACCUUCUACCGCACGUAUGAGGUGGUUGUGGGCGAGAUCGAGCAGGUGUCGGCGGACGAGGCGGCCCUCUCCCCGCCUGCCACCGACGUGGCCACCAUCCGCCGCCAGCAGCAGGAGUUCCGCGAGUUCAAAACCACCCGCGUCGAGACGCUGUCGGUGCGAGUGGAUGAGAUCAACAAGACGGGACAGGGUCUGGUGCAGACGGCCGCUGCGGGCGUCAAGACCGCCCUCCUUGAGGGAGAUCUGGAGAAGAUGAACGACCUCUGGAACGAGCUGAAGGAGCGCAUGCACAACCGGGAGCGUGCACUGGACGUCGGUCUGCUGCAGUCCGGCAAGUUCCGCGAGGCCCUGGAGGGUCUCCUCCAGUGGCUGGCCGACACCGAGGACCUCGUGGCCAACCAGCGGCCUCCCAGCGCCGACUACAAGGUGGUCAAGGCUCAGGUGCAGGAGCAGCGCUUCCUGCAGAAACUGCUGCUCGACCGACAGGGCUCCGUCAGCUCGCUCUCCGAUAUGGGCAGGGAGAUGGCCAAGAAGUGCUCGCCGGCCGAGAAGGCAGAUAUCGAGGAGCAGCUCAGGGAACUGAUUCGCCGGUUCGACGCGCUGAAUGAUCAGGCGGCUGACCGGAUGGGACGACUCGAGGAUGCCAUGAAGGUGGCCAAGGAGUACCAGGACGCCAACAACCCGCUGGUGCAGUGGCUAGAGAAGAUGCAGCGGAAGCUGAAGGACAUGGAGACCAUUCCCACCGACGAGGAAAAGAUUCAGCGCAAGAUCCAGGAGCACGACGAGCUGCACGCCGAGAUCGUGGACCGGCGCGGCGCGUUCGACGACCUGAAGCGGGUCGGCAAGAAGCUGGCCGGUCUCGUCGGCGACGAGGAGGCUACCGCGCUGUCUGAACGCCUGCGAGACGUCACUGAUCAGUACGAACGGCUGGUGGACGACAGCGAGACACUGGCGCGUCUGCUGCGCCAGGCGGGCACCCAGCUGCGCUCGCUGGUGCUCAACUAUGAGGACUUCCUGGCGUGGAUGGAUGAGACCCAGCAGAAGCUGAACAAGUACAAGGUGCUCUCUGUACACGUGGACAAGCUGCACGAGCAGCUGGAGGAGCUGACGUGGCUCCACACCACCAUAGAUGUGCAUCAGUUCGAGCUGCUUCGACUGAAAGAGGCUGCCGAGGAGCUGAGUGAGGACGUAGACCGCCACCGUGAGCCGGAGCGGGAGCUGCAGGACAUUGGCGCAGAGCUGAUGAAGCACAUCUCCAGCGACGAGGCCCUCCAGCUCAAGGACAAGCUGGACUCGGUGUCUCACCGCUACCAGGACCUGGAGAGCAAGGCGAGCUCGCUGCUGAAGAGUGCCCAGGAGGUGUUGCCGCUUGUGCACGCCUUCCACAAGGCGCACAACGAGCUCACCGAGUGGCUGGUGUCGGCCGAGCAGACCCUGCAGACGGUCGACUCGCAGCAUAACGCCGAACAGCUCAUGGAGACACUCGAGAAGGAGGUGUCGCAGCACCGCGGUCUGCUGGACCAGGUGAACCAGGCCGGCCCGCAGCUCAGUCAGAUCUCUCCCGGUGACGGCGCGCAGACCAUCGAGUCGCUCGUCACGCGCGAUAACCGGCGCUUCGAGGCGAUCGCCGAGCAGGUGCAGCGUAAAGCGGAGCGUCUGCGCCAGGCCCGCCAGCGACACGGCGAGGUGGUGCUCGACAUCGACGAACUGCUCGACUGGUUCAAACAGGUGGAGAAGCAGCUGCGCACUGCCGAACUCCCUGGCUCCGAGCCGGCGGCCAUCCGCGAACAGCUCAAGGAGGCACGUGCGCUCAGUGACGACAUCAGCGGACAGAAGGGCCGCGUGCGAGAUGUGCUCAGCGCCGCUAAGAAGCUGGUGCGCGACGCCGCUCAGUACGACGACGUGAGCGAGAUUCGCGAGAAGGCCGACCAGCUCCGUGAUACGUCCGAUACGGUGAGCAAGCUGUCCGCCGACCGGGUCAGUGUUCUGGAGCAGGCGCUGCCGCUUGCUGAGCACUUCAACGAGUCGCACAGCGAGCUGAGCGAAUGGCUGGACGAGGCCGAGAACGAGGCGAUGCGGCUGGACGUGCCGGCUCUGCGGCCCGACCAGAUCCUCCGCCAGCAGGACAAGAACAAGACCCUACUGCAGAGCGUCACCGAGCGCAAGCCGCUGCUGGACAAGCUGAACAAGACGGGCGCCGCGCUGGCCAGGCUGGUGACCGAUGAGGACAGCAGCAAGGUAUCCGACCUCAUGGAGACGGACAACGUGCGCUACAAUGCCCUUCGCACGGCGCUGCGUGAGCGUCAACAGGCGCUGGAGGAGGCGCUGCAGGAGUGCUCCCAGUUCGCCGACAAGCUGGACGGCAUGCUGUCGGCGCUGAAGGACACGGCUGACCAGGUGGACCGUGCUGAGCCCAUUUCGGCCCACCCGGACCGCAUUCACGACCAGAUGGCCGAGAACAACGCCAUCAUCGACGACCUCGAGAAGCGCGCCUCGGCCUUCGACGCCGUCAAAAAGGCGGCGGCUGAUGUCAUCGGAAAGGCCGGCAAGGGCGACCCGGCUGUCAAAGACAUCAAGAAGAAGCUGGACAGCCUGAACACCCUGUGGGACCACCUGCAGUCGGCUACCAACGACCGCGGCCGCUCUCUGGACGAGGCGUUGGCCAUCUCGGAGAAGUUCUGGUCCGAGCUGCAGGGCGUGAUGCGCGCCCUGAAAGAGCUCCAGGAGACGCUCUCCAGCCAGGAGCCGCCGGCCAUCGAGCCGUCGGCCAUCAAGGAGCAGCAGAAGGAGCUCCAGGAGAUCCGCCAGGAGCUGGAUCAGGCCAAGCCCGAGGUGGACCAGGUGCGUCGCACCGGCCACGACCUGAUGAAGGUCUGCGGCGAGCCCGAGAAACCGGACGUCAAGAAGAACCUGGCUGACCUGGACUCUGCCUGGGAUAACAUUACGGCCCUGUACGCCCGCCGCGAGGAGAACCUCAUUGACGCCAUGGAGAAGGCCAUGGCAUUCCACGAGACGAUGCAGAGUCUGAUGGAGUUCCUCGAGGAUGCCGAGGACCGCCUGGGCUACCUGGGACCGGUCGGAUCCGACAUCGACGCCAUCAAGAAGCAGAUCAAACAGCUGAUGGACUUCAAGAACGACGUCGACCCGCAGAUGGUCAAGGUCGAGUCGCUCAACAGGAGCAUCCGGAGGCAAGCUCAGGAGCUGAUGGAGCGUACGUCGCCGGACCAGGCGGCCGCCCUGCAGCAACCCCUGGCCGACAUCAACACCCGCUGGGACGACCUGCUCAAGGGUAUCGUGGAGCGUCAGCGCGAGCUGGACCACGCCCUGCUGCGACUCGGCCAGUUCCAGCACGCGCUGGACGAGCUGCUGGUCUGGAUCGGACGCACCGACAAGACGCUGGACGGCCUGCGUCCGGUGUUUGGGGACCCGCAGGUGAUCGAGGUCGAGCUGGCCAAGCUGAAGGUGUCGGUGAACGACAUCCAGGCGCACCAGACGUCCGUGGACACCCUGAACGACGCCGGCAGGCAGCUGAUCGAGACGGACAGCGAGUCUGCAGACGCCAGCACCACCAACCGCAAGCUGCGACAGCUCAACGAGCGGUGGUCCGAGCUCCAGGAGAAGGCGGGCGGCAAGCAGCGUGACCUCGAGGCUGCGCUCAAGGAUGCCCAGGACUUCAUGACCGAGAUCCAGGACCUGCUGUUCUGGCUGAACGAUCUGGAUGGCGCGCUGACCACCAGCAAGCCGGUCGGAGGUCUGCCGGAGACGGCCAAGGAGCAGCUGGAGAGGUUCAUGGAGCUCUUCGCCGAACUGGAGGAAAACCGCUCAAAGGUUGACUCUGCGCUGACGCGUGGCGAUGCCUACCUCAAGAAGUCCAAGGAGGGUGCCUGCACCAACCUAAAGCACAACCUGAAGACGCUGAAGCAGCGUUGGGAACACGUGAUGAACCGGGCCAACGACAAGAAGAUCAAGCUGGAGAUCGCGCUGAAGGAGGCCACCGAGUUCCAGGAAGCACUCCAGGAGUUCGUGGACUGGCUGACCAACGCCGAGGGUGUGCUGACCAACCUCAAACCGGCCUCUCGUGUCAUGGACAACAUCGUUGUCCAGAUCGACGAGCACAAGGACUUCCAGAAGGAGGUGAGCGCUCACCGCGAGACCAUGCUCAACCUGGAGAAGAAGGGCACCCAGCUCAAGUACUUCUCGCAGAAGCAGGACGUCAUCCUCAUCAAGAACAUGCUGUCGUCAGUGCAGCAUCGCUGGGAGCGUGUCGUCUCCAAGUCUGCGGAGCGGACGCGUGCGCUGGAUCUUGGUUACAAGGAGGCCAAGGAGUUCCACGACUCUUGGUCCGAGCUGUGCGGCUGGUUGGAGGAGGCUCUCUUCUCUCUGGAAGAGGCGGAGGCAUCUCUCAGCAACUCGCCGGACAAGAUCCGCGCGCUGCUGGACAAGCACAAGGAGUUCCAGCGCGCCCUCGGCGGCAAGCAGUCUGCGUACGACCAGGUGAUGAAGCUGGGCCGUCUGCUGGUCAAGGAGAAGGCGCCCAAGGAGGAGGAGCCCAUCCUCCGCGGUAUGAUGGACGAGCUCAAGGACAAGUGGAACACGUGCUGCAACAAGUCCGUGGAGCGUCAGCGUAAGCUGGAGGAGGCUCUGCUCUUCAGCGGCCAGUUCAAGGAGGCCAUCACGGCUCUGCUGGACUGGCUGAGGAAGGUGGACGCCCAGCUGGACGAGAAGGCGCCUGUGCACGGAGACCUGGACACGGUGACCAACCUGGUGGAGCAGCACCGCACUCUCGAGGAGGAGCUGGCGGGACGCGCUCAGCAGGUCGAGUCCAUCCAGAAGACCGGCCAGGAGCUGCUCGAGUCGGCCGACAAGAAGGACGCGGCCGUCAUCAAGACUCAGGUGACCGAGCUGACCACCACCUGGACGUCAGUGAUCCGCGCGUCGGACGGCCGCAGUCAGCGGCUGCAGCAGGCGCUGGCCGAUGCCGAGACGCUGCACCGCGACGUACACGGUCUGCUGGAGUACCUGAGCGACACGGAGCAGAAGCUGCGCUUCGUGGGCGCGCUGCCAGCCACCGAGGAGGAGGCUCAGCAGCAGGCGGACGAGCACGGCCGACUGAUGGACGAACUGCACCGCCGAGAGGGCGAUAAGGACGCCACGCUCCGGCUGGCCGCCCAGAUCCUCGAGAAGGCCCAUCCGGACGCCGUACCGGUCAUCAAGCACUGGCAGACCAUCAUCGAGUCGCGCUGGGAGGAAGUGAGCAGCUGGGCGCUGCAGCGGCAGCAGCGUCUCGCCGAGCACCUGGCCAGUCUCAAGGACCUGCAGGAGCUCCUCGACGAACUACUGCGCUGGGUGCGCCAGCGAGAGAACAAGAUGAUCGAGCUGGAGCCGGUGCCGCUGCCGGAGGAGCGUCCCGAGAUCGAGGUGCUCAUUCAGGAGCACCAGGAGUUCAUGGAGGACCUGCAGUCUCGGCAGCCGGAUGUCGAUGCCAUCUGCAAACCCAAGCACAAGGGUCUGCGCAAGGGAUCACGCGCCAAGAGUCCGUCGCCGACUCGACCCCUGCAGAAUAUCGUUCGCCGCCUCAGCCAGUUCAGCCCUGACCGCGAGGGAUCGCCCGGCAAGAAGAGCCAAGGCAGCCCGGAGCGCGAUAUCUCGCCCACACGCGACUAUGACAAGCCUUGGCUCACCAACGCCAGGGCCAGUCCGGAGCGCUCCUCGGACCACCCAUGGCCGCGCAUCGGACCCGUGUUCCACCACGAGGGAUCGCCGGCGCCGGGCGGACGAAAGUCCAGCCGCGCCAUGAGCGAGCCGGUGCUGAAGACGCCCCGGCAGCGCGAGCUCUGGGACGCCUGGCGCAACACGUGGCUCAUGGCCUGGGAGCGCCAGCGUCGCCUCCAGGACAAGUACAACUACAGCCAGGAGAUGGAGAAACUGCAGGACUUUGACUUCGAGGAGUGGCGCAAGAGGUUCAUGAAGUACGCCAACGUCAAGAAGAUGCGUAUCACGGACCUGUUCCGCAAAAUGGACACUGAUAACGACACAUUCCUGGGCAAGGACGAAUUCAUCGACGGCAUGACCAAGACCAACUUCCCGACAACAACCAUGGAGCUGCAAAUCGCUGCCAACUGUAUCGACAAGAACCAGGACGGUCUGAUCGAUUACAACGAGUUCAUGGCGGCUCUUCGGCCCGACUGGGAGAAGAACCGGCCGCUCACAGAAGGCGAAAAGAUCGACGACGAGGUCAAAAAGAUCUGCGCCACCUGCGCGUGCCGAACCAAGUUCAAGGUCUUCCAAGUCGGCGAGGGCAAAUACCGGUUCGGUGACAGCCAGAAGCUGCGUCUGGUCCGUAUUCUCCGCUCCACUGUAAUGGUUCGUGUCGGCGGCGGCUGGGAGGCGCUGGACGAGUUCCUCAUCAAGAACGACCCGUGCAGAGAGGUGUGUGUAUCGCGCCAGCUACUGGUCAAGGAACAUCACGAGCGAGGAUGCCCGAUGAACGAGCAGCCCAAGGGACGCACCAACGUUGAGCUGCGAGAACAGUUUGUGCUGGCGCCGGGCGUCUCGCAGAGCAUGACACCGUUCAAGAGCAAGAAGUCGUCGGUGGACAGCCGCUCAGGCUCGGUGCCGACGACUGGAGUGGUGACCAAGGUCCGCGAGAAGACGGGCCGCAGCACGCCACUGGGCCGCGCGUCCGUGUCCAGCGCUGCCGGUGACCGGGCCGGCUCGGUGGAGAGCGGCCACCGGCACCUGCGUAAGGGUAGCACACCAGUGCGCAGCGCCAGCUCCCAGGGAGGCAGCAAGCCGCCGAGCCGCGCUGGCUCCGAGAUCAGCCUGGACUCGACCGACGGCCGGGUGCAGCGGACCCCCGGCAGCAGGCUCUCCACAGGACGAAAGUCUUCCACCCCGUCGGGCAAGACCUCUUCCCCCGCCGCCAACGGUUCGGCCAACGGCAAAACGUACAGGUUCCGGAGGCCAGCUUCAGUAUCGUCUUUCUCUCCUGGAGUGCCAACACCCAGUAGGAGCCGCAUACCGGUGAUGGUUCGCUCGGGAACCGCCGACGAAAUCGAACUCUCCGACACCAGGCGGAGUCUGGUGACCCCUCCCACUCGGCGAGCCAUCAGUCGCGGAGGAUCGACCCACAACAUCCCCGAGGAUGAGCUGUUUAACUGGCGAGACAUGACCCCAAGGUCGCGAGCUUCCUCACAGUCGAGUGUAUCGUCUGCAUCACGGCUUUCAACAGGCCUCAGGCCAAAGACCAGCGGCUCGCAGAUCCCAGUUCCAACCAUGCAGAGGGAGGGCUCUGCGUCGAAGAUCCACCGGCGAUCAUCGGCAGCGAGCGAUUCGGGCCGCGGCCAGACGCGCAAGAGCACCAGCUCCCAGCCGCGCUGGCACUGAGCGAGUAGCCACGGGCGACAGUCGCCGCCCGGACAGAGCAAAGAGAGGGAAGAUAGAGCAGAGAGAGACAGUCGGCUCCGGUCGACGCACGACCAAUCUGUACAUACGAACGAACUGACGGCCAAGAUCGCAGAGCAGCUAGAGCAUAAUGAUCACUAACCAAAACUGCCGCGAGAGGUGCUUCGAGGAGACACGAUCUAACAGUCUUUCUAUCAUUAAUUAUGUAUCAUGUAUGGAUAUGUUAUUAUUUUUGUGUGGCCCGUGUGAUGGCCGGGCGUCGUGAGACGGUGCUGUCGCCUAGCGGCGAGAAUUAGAAGCGACACUAAUGGAAUUGGGGCAAUGGACGCAUGACACGAUGCGCACCAGGGUUUUGUAAUGCUGCGUGAGUGAUUCUACCAUGUGAUGUGAGAGCGCGAGUGCACGGCGUUAAAAGACGGUAAUGCUGACUGACUAAGGUGCAGGUGCGCGCGCGGCGAGUGAGCGCCGGCGGACGGCGGCGGCCGACGGGCCGGCGGGUGCUGUGCGGGCGCCCGCCGGCCGCGCGGCGACGCGGGGCGCGGACCGGCAGAUGUCCAUCGGGGGCGGUGCGGCGCCCUCCGGUCGGCCCGCGUCCCGUGCCGCCGAUGGCUGGCCGACCGCCGCCCACACAGCCGGCCGGUCCAUUUUUGUACUCUGUGGCCCAGAGGCGCGGCCUAACGCCGCGACUCAGCUGGGUCGAGUGUGAAACGUGCACUGUGAGUCCAUUGUGAGAGAAAACAGCUUCGAAUAAACGGCUUCCCCAUA